CGGUGAAAGCUGUGGCAACCUCGCCCGUGCGCAAUCAGCACCAAAUGGCUUUCCACUGUUUGACGUCUGAGAAGAACAGUUGCUUCUGAGAUGCCGAGUGCCCGCUAGUAUGUCAGCUGUAGAAGGAGAAGACGGACAAGUCUUGCUCUUCUCUUCAGCGGCAGGAAUUAGUGGGUGAGAUGCAGCUGGUGGCGCUUUAUGUGUUGCUGGCGGCAGCUGCAGUGCCGGGAGGCCUGGCCGCCGUGGACCUGUUCUGCGGCUGCCGAGUGAACCACCACCAGGACUGGAAGUACGCCCUCCACUGCACCAGGGAGCAGGGUGGUAGUGCUGGGAUUUCUUGCGAGAAAGCCGAGGUGCCGGACAUACCACGAGGCUACCAUUAUAUACCAGGCUACGCUCUAAUCAAACUUCACCGCACUUACAAGAAGUGGCUGGAAGCCAAGAAGACCUGCGAGGAAGAGGGAGCUCAGCUGGCAGUACCACCAGACCGCUACGCCUAUGACGGCCUGAAGCAGAUCUUCCCCAAAGAGAAGGGCAUAUGGUACGCCUUCCUCGGAAUCACCGAUCAAGCCAGCGAAGGAGUAUUCGUUGGGCUGGAUGGUCGCCCAGUGUCGUACCUGCCAUGGAUGCCUAACGAGCCUAGCAACGGUAAUGGCGAUGGCGAGGACUGCGUCGACGUCCGCAAUGACGGACUGCUGAACGACGGAAAAUGCGGUGGUGUAGAGCCAUUCCUCUGCGAGCGCCGUCUUACGGUGGGCGUACCCAAUUCCUACACGUGGUCCGAGGAAGCAGGGCGCUUCUACAAGGUCCACGAGGAGAAAAAGGUGUAUGCGGCGGCAGCCCAAGUUUGCCGUUCCGAGAACGCGACGCUGGCUGUACCUGACACUUGGAGCCGAGGUCUGACGGUGUUGCGUCUCUUAGAGCCGACCUACAAUGGCUACCUCUUGGGCUUCAAGGAUGAGGCUGUCGAAGGCGACUUCGUUACUGAAACAGGCAGGCACAUAAAAGACAUGGAAUUCCACCCGUGGGGAGUUAACCAGCCGGACAACAACGACCAAGGGAGGCCCGAGAACUGCCUGUCUCUGCAAGGUAUAGGCGCAUUAAAUGACGUGCGCUGUGAUUCGGAACUGCCCUUCAUCUGCGAGAUAGUGCCUAUGUGAUGCGCUCAGGUUCCCAGAACACAGGGCUGAGGGCGCAAGCGCCGCUCUCCCUCCAUACAACGAAUAAAGGAAAGUUACUCGGAAGGCACGGGCCUAAUCUCCGAUAUAACUAAACGGGUUGCUGCACAGAGGAACUCGUGUAUGUGACAUGUGAAUAAAGAUAUCACUGUAAACAGCA